AUAUAAUUUCUGAAUUUAUAGUAAAAAUAUAUCAAAUAAAGAAGCGUUUAAUGUAAAUGUUCAAGUGGUAGUUAUACUGUUAUAUAUAUUGUACAUUGGUGAAUAUUUAAAUUGAUGAAAAUCUUCAUCUUUGAUUUGGAAAAAUCAAUGUUGUACUGAAUAAUAUAUAAAUUAUCAUGGAGGAAAAAACAUUUACUGAUCAAAGUAAUGGAGAGACUGUUGUUAAACGAGUUUUUGAAGAUGCCGAUAACACAAGCUCAGAGCCAACAACUAGCGAACACACGCAACAAGUUACUGUUGAAGCAGAUGCUAUCACCGAUGAAAAUAAUGAUGUAAAUCGUAGUUCAACAGCUGAACAAGUUACUGCUGAAACAGACGCUAUCGAUAAUAUGAAUAGUAGUUCAAUUGCAGCUAAAAAAGAUGAUAUGCAAAGUCUGUAUCAUGUAAAAUGGAUUAGUUGGAGAAAUGAAAGAACCCCCAUUGUGACACAGAAUGAGAAUGGACCAUGUCCUUUACUUGCAAUAUUUAACGUACUAUUGUUAUCAAGAAAGGUAACACUUGGAAGCGAUGUUGAAAUCAUGACUUCUAACCAAAUAACUGCACAUGUUGCUGAUGUGAUAUGGGAAAAUAUGCCAAGAGAAUUACCAGAUGAAGAACGAUUAAAUUAUGAGCAGAAUGUCUCAGAUGCAAUGUCUGUAUUUCCAAAUCUUCAAACAGGAUUAGACGUUAAUGUGAAAUUUUCAACUGUUGCAUCAUUUGAAUAUACACCGGAAUUAACUGUUUUUGAUCUAUUGCGAAUACCAUUAUAUCAUGGAUGGCUAGUUGAUCCCCAGGAUUCUCGAGCUUGUGAUAUUAUAGGGAACAACAGCUACAACCAAAUAGUUGAAAAAAUUGUAAAUUGUUUAUCAAGCGAAAAUGAAACUACAGUUGAAAAAGGUUUGAUUGCACAGCAAUUCCUCGAGUCUUCUGCUUCUCAAAUUACCUGCCACGGCAUUGUAUCUCUCUGUGAACAAAUGAAUUCCGGAGAUCUUGCAGUUCUAUUUCGGAACAAUCAUUUUUCUACAUUAUACAGACACAAGGACGAACUAUUUACUCUAAUUACUGAUUUUGGAUUUUUGCAAGAAUCCAAUGUUGUUUGGGAAACUUUAUCUGGUGUCCACGGCGACUCAAAUUUUGUAGAUGGCAACUUCUUAAAUACUCCACCUAAAACUGAAACUUCAAACAGUCCGCAAAAUACAGAUUAUGAUUUGCAGAUUGCUUUGAGUAUGCAACAAGACAUGCCAGAAACUGCUUCAGCUCCACAAAAAUCAGAUUACGAAUACGCAUUGCAAUUACAUGAAGAAGAGCUGAGGGAACAGCGGCGAAGUCCAUCAGGUUCUGCUCAUGCAGUUCAGCCGAGACCUCAAACGGCACAAGCAUCACCCAGUAGGGGCACUGACCAUCGACCAGCUCGUCCUACGAGUGCACCGCACUCCACACAUGUCAAUGAAAACUCUAAUAAUAAGAAUUGCAUCAUUUUAUAGCAUUUGUCAUAUCAAGUCUCCUCAAUGACGGGACCGGGUAUUUUUCAACUAAUAGUACCAUACCAUAUAGUGUAGUAUGUUGUUCAAAUGUUAUAAAAUAUAUUAUCACAAUUGAGACUUUCUGUAAAGCAGUAGGAUCUACAUUUUUGGUUUGAAUUUCGGUAGUAUGAGAUGCUUUUUAACCUGUUUAUUUUUUAAGAAGGACAAUAGUGAUUUACAAAAGCAGUUCUUUCUGUAAUAUGGAAGGCUCACAUCUGUCAAUUUUGUAAUCUGACUGCUUUAAUGGAACUGGAUGUCGCAAGCAAGCGGAAACCAAGAAAAUGUCAAUGCAUGACAUAUGAAUGUAAAAGAAGCUUGCUAGACGCUCUAGUCUUAGCCUAUGUCACGCUAGCAUGUAAAUCAUUUAUGAUUAUGUGAUAUAGUUUCCCAGAUGCUCUAUGUUGAAAUACAUGGCUCCCAGGAUUCUUCAAAAUCCCCAAAGCAGUAUUAUUGUUCUCCUCGGCUCUUGGUGUGAAUUGGUAUACCAUUAUAAAUAUUGGGAUUAUUACGAAGUUUUUUUUUAUGUUAGUUUGAAUGUUGAAGUAUAUUAUGAUCCUGUGUUUAUGCUCUUAAUAUAUUAUAUUAAAUUUUGUGACUGUAAA